AUGUCAUGGCAUUGUAGUGGAUCAACAAAUCAAGAAAUGGUUAAGAAAUUAAAAGAUGCAAAUAUACUGUCAACUGAAAGAGCAGUAGAAUCAAUGUUAAAAAUUGAUCGUGGUAAAUAUUGUCAUGAAGAUAAUCCUUAUCUGGAUCGACCAAGAAAAAUUGGAUACAAUGUAACAAUUUCUGCACCUCAUAUGCAUGCUUAUGCAUUGUCAAUGUUGACUGAUCAACUGGUUGAUUCUGCACGUGUACUGGAUGUUGGUUCUGGCUCAGGAUAUCUAACAGCUUGCAUGGGUUACAUGGUUGGUCCAAGAGGAAGAGUCAUUGGAAUUGAUCACAUUCCGGAACUUGUAAAAAUAGCAACUGAAAAUUUACAAAAUGAUUAUCCAAGUUUUAUCAAAGAAGGACGUGUUAAAUUCAUUGGUAUUAUAAUUUUGUUAUCAUAA